UUUUGUUAGGCAAAAUUAAAUUUGGUGGAAUAAUUUUUCAUACGAACAAAAAAUACCACACCAGAGCCUUUUUCCCUCUUUCACCUGUUUGGGGUUUGUGAACUGUUGCUUCAACGUUCGCUUCCCAGUUGCCAUCAUUUCCUGUGUCUUCUCUCUCCUUCGCAGCGGCGGCCACCAAGUUGUCUCUCUCCCCGACCGUCGUUAUCCAACUCCUUUCUCUCUCUCACCUGCCGGGCAACAAUUUUGUCCCAGGCAUAAAUCCCCCAUCUGCUAUUGAUGGAGUGUGUUUUUGGCCUAGUUGGUGACGGCUUUGCCCUAGUGGUGGCUGAUACAUCUGCUGUGCACAGCAUAUUGGUUCACAAAUCAAAUGAAGACAAGAUCAUGGUCCUUGAUUCUCACAAACUCUUGGGGGCUAGUGGCGAAAGCGGUGACCGAGUACAGUUCACAGAAUACAUACAGAAGAAUGUGGCCUUGUAUCAGUUCCGUAACAACAUUCCAUUGACAACUGCAGCUGCUGCUAAUUUCACCCGGGGAGAGCUAGCCACUGCAUUGCGUAAGAAUCCAUACACCGUCAACAUCCUUCUGGCAGGCUAUGACAAGGAGACAGGCCCAUGUAUGUACUACAUUGACUACAUUGCCACACUUCACAAGAUUGAGAAGGGAGCAUUUGGUUAUGGGUCCUAUUUCUCCCUCUCAAUGAUGGACAGACACUACCACAGCGGAAUGUCUUUGGAAGAAGCAAUUGAUUUGGUGGAUAAGUGCAUACUUGAGAUUCGGUCAAGGCUGGUUGUGGCUCCUCCAAAUUUUGUGAUCAAGAUUGUUGACAAGGAUGGUGCAAGGGAAUAUGCCUGGCGUGAAUCCAUCAAGGAUACUGGUGCCUCCACAGCCUGAGAAAUUUCAUGCCCAUUGCUUUUCUCUGAAAGAUAGCACACUUUGUUGAUGAGUCACCCUUGUUAAUGCUCGAACUUUUGCAUUCACUAACUUGCAGGAUACUAGAUAUGGAGAAGCCUACAUCUGCAUCUCUAUGGAUUUGUUGAUUUUGGUGUAGAGUUGGGCUGUUUGUGCUCGUCAGAUGAUAUGGUAGAAUGCUCAAGUCUUCUAUCUCUUCAUUUAUUUUCACUUAAAUUUCGUUUUGCUGCAAAUCCAUUAUCUGCCUUUUAGAUGACGUUCAUCCCUAUAUUGAGUGGUUAGGCUUCUACCGUUUGCAUAGACUUGUUAUUGAAUGGAUGAUUGCAAUUAUUAGACUCAGAAUAUCUGAUCAUAUUAUUUAAUGGGAAAACUUUGACUUUCAGCUGGUA